AUGUCCUCGGUCUCGGUGGUAAAACCCCUCCGAGACCAGGAAGGAGACGACACUCAGACAAUCGAAAUCGACGAGACAGCGAUCAACCGACGGGUUAACAGGAAGAUGGAUAUUGCGCUUCUUCCGCUUCUUUCUCUGCUUUACCUGUUCAAUGGUUUGGAUAGGGGCAACGUGGGAAAUGCCCAAACCCAAGGAUUCACCAAGGACAUUGGCGCAGUACCGGACGAUUUGAACCUUGCCGUUUCUCUGUUCUUCAUCACAUUUGUUCUAUUCCAGCCGCCAUCUGCGGCUGUGGGAAGGUGGCUUGGAGCCAAACAUUGGAUUCCGAUCAUGAUGCUAGGCUGGGGCUUUGUUACCUUGAGCCAGGCAUUUAUUAAGGGCCGAGGCAAGUCACUCCCUGCCUGA